AUGGCACCUCGUGGAAGAAGACCACGCGUACCCCCCUCUGAGAACAAUACUGUACAAGAUGAUAAUUCAGAAGUACUCGCUGCUGCAGCGACACGUUUCUUUCAAAGAAUGGUCAAUGGUGAUAUGGUGGUAGGUAGAACCACACAAGUAGGAUGCACAUUAGAACAGUUCUCCCACCAGCACCCACCUACUUUCGAUGGCAGAUUGAAUUCCUUAGAUGCGGAAAGCUGGAUUGAACGUAUGGAGCAGAUUUUCGAAGUGCUCUACUGCACGGAUGAUCAGAAGGUGAAAUAUGCCACGUACCAUUUGACUGACAUGGCAAACAAAUGGUGGAAGUCGACUCGGGCUUUGGUUCAGUUGGAAUUAGGGGAAGCAGUCCCCAUUUCUUGGGAGCAUUUCAAGAGAAUCUUUUUGGAUCACUUUUUCCCACGAACUCUUCAGGAGUCGAGAGCUCGCCAGUUUAUGGAUCUUACGCAAGGAUCAAUGACGGCCCACCUUGGUUCCCUUCAUCUUGGGGCUGCAUUUGGGUUGGCAAAAAUCCAAGAGGAGUAUGUUUUAUCCUCGAGGAGAUCUUGGAAUCAGAAUGUCACUUUUGGUGACAAAUUGCCUACUGAUAACGUAGUAGAUGCAACUAGUAAGGUGCAAAGAAAUACUGCUCUAGUUAGGAAGGUCACUUCUUUUCAGAUGGAUGAGAAAAGGAAGAAAGGACUAUGUUACCACUGUGAUGAAAAGUCGAACCCUAGUCAUGUGUGCAAAAAUUCAACGGUGUACUUGUUACAAAUGGAUAAUAGUGCUGAAGAUGAGGUGUUACAGAAUGUUGUGGGAGAAUUGGUACCAAAAGCUAAAGGAGUUGAUGAAGGGAGGUCUAAAGAGCUCAAGAUUAGCUCAUUCUCUGUUGAGAUUUUGGUGGAUUCAGGAAGUACUCAUAACUUCUUGGAUCCAUUGGUGCUAGAGGCAACAAAUUUGAAGGUAGUUAAUGAUGUGGGACUCCAAGUGAAGGUGGCAAAUGGUGCUUAG